CACGAUCACGCACUGUAGGAGAACUCUUAGCCCCAACUUCUCCUUUUGACAAGAAGUGUGGACGUGAAAACUGGACGGUUGCGUUUGCUCCCGAUGGAUCUUACUUUGCUUGGUCACAAGGGCAUCGCAUAGUGAAGCUGGUCCCCUGGUCUCAGUGCCUUAAUAAUUUCUUGGUGCACGGCACAAAGAAUGGUGCAAACUCUGCCAAUACAAGACUUCCGAGGCAGAACAGUGACAGCGGUCAGAAAAACAAGCCCUGUGAACACAUCAUAGACUGCGGCGACAUCGUCUGGAGCCUUGCUUUUGGCUCUUCAGUGCCUGAGAAGCAGAGCCGCUGCGUGAACAUAGAAUGGCACCGCUUCAAAUUCGGGCAAGACCAGCUCCUGCUUGCGACAGGCUUGAACAACGGGCGCAUCAAGAUAUGGGAUGUUUAUACAGGAAAACUCCUCCUUAACCUGAUGGACCAUACAGAAGUUGUUCGAGAUUUAACCUUUGCCCCAGAUGGCAGCCUGAUUUUAGUGUCUGCAUCCAGAGACAAAACACUGCGCGUGUGGGACCUGAAGGAUGAUGGAAAUAUGAUGAAAGUGUUGAGAGGACACCAGAACUGGGUGUACGGUUGUGCGUUCUCUCCGGACUCUACUGUUCUCUGCUCGGUUGGAGCUAGUAAAGCAGUUUUUCUCUGGGAUAUGGAUAAAUACUCCAUGAUACGGAAACUUGAAGGGCAUCACAAUGAUGUUGUAGCCUGUGAGUUUUCCCCUGAUGGAGCUCUGCUGGCUACUGCAUCUUACGAUACUCGAGUCUAUGUCUGGGAUCCACAUAUUGGAGUUAUUCUUAUGGAAUUUGGGCACCUCUUUCCCGCUCCUACGCCAAUAUUUGCUGGAGGUGCAAACGACCGGUGGGUCAGAUCGGUAUCUUUUAGUCACGAUGGACUGCAUAUUGCAAGCCUUGCUGACGAUAAAAUGGUGAGAUUCUGGAGAAUCGAUGAAGAAUACCCGGUUCAAGUUGCACCUCUCAACAACGGGCUCUGCUGUACUUUCUCUACUGAUGGCAGUGUUCUAGCUGCAGGGACACAGGAUGGCAGCGUGUACUUCUGGGCAACUCCGAGACAAGUUUCCAGUCUCCAACACCUAUGUCGCAUGGCAAUUCGAAGAGUGAUGCCCACCAGCCAAGUCAAGAACUUGCCCAUCCCAUCAAAAGUGGUGGAGUUCCUUUGUUACCAGAUUUGAAUUGAAAAAAAUUUAAAAAAAAAAUAAAUAAUCAGACUGGCAGGUGGCCUAGCUGCUGAAACUGGCUAAACACUUUAAAGAAUCCUCAAACUUUACAGCCUUUAAGCUUAAAACUCUACAGGUUUUCAAGAGCUAUUUAAAGUGAUAACCUAAAUACUAUUUUGUCAAAAUGCCCGAUAGAUAAUUUUUAAUAUUUAUAGAAGACGUAGUAGAAGUAUUCCUGGUGUUCUCAGUUUUCUAAAAUAAAACUGUGAAAACUUGUACAUAUAUAGACAUAAGCUGCUACAUGCUAUCAGUGUACCUUUAAAAACUGCUUUUAUGACUUUUAAUGUGUAUCAUGUGUAUAUUGCUUUGGUAGAGCCGUCAGAUGCAUCUGUGCUGUAAAGUGGAAGGAGAGCUAUUAUUCUGGGACACUGACUUAGAAAAAAUAUUGACUUAAGGAAGUGUAACUGCUCUGUAUGUAUGUGCAUUGGCUGGGGUUCGGGAAACUGAUCCGCAGGGAAGGGUUCAUCCUGGUGUAGUUCAGGAAACUGAUCCGCAGGGAAGGGUUCAUCCUGUAGUUCAGGAGGAUUUUUGAGCAAUGUAUGGUGAGGUGAGGGUCUGGAUACACCUGACAGAAACGCGGUAACGUCGGCUGCCCGUCAGCUAGAGAAGGCCUUAAGUUCCACAGCAGCAGCAGCAAACCAGGUUAAAUUUCAGUAUUGGGCAGUGUGAAAGAAAUAGUUCCUGACAUUUCUGAAAAAAAUCAUAACUACUGUAUUAUUGCCUGAUACUUUGUCUGUAACGAGAGAGGUUUACAGACUCAGUUUAUUAUUCUUUAACCCUGUAAUAUCUCUUCGGGGGUGAUUAUUGGUUAAUGGCCAAAGAUAAGCAAAAUACUUGGUUUUGCCUUCUGUUAUUUAUCUGUACCUGCAGAUAUAAAGAAUGUAUGCAUUGCAUAAAAUGCCUGAUUAUAUA